UUUGGGGGGCUUGUUGUUGCCGCUUUGGUGCAUAUGUCUCAACCCGCAGCAAUAGGUAGCCUACUCAUGCACAUUCUGAUAGAAGUUCGCAUUCAGUCCACCCCCACACCGAGGGUCCAUUCUUUGACCGAUUUAAUUAUUCGCUCCUCCACAAGCUGAUCCUGCCCUGAUUUCCAAAAACUAUAGUUGGAAACGUGAACAAAACUUAAAGCGCGUAAGCCAAACCAGAACUUUAAAAGACAAUGCCCCGCUCUUUCUUAGUGAAGCAGUACUUCAGAAGCAAAAAGUAUAAUUACAGCGAACUUGAAGACGACAUUGACCUGGCCCUGCCGGGGAGGUCCCCCCUUGCUGAGUUGCAGAUUGGGCCGAACGGUGGCUCCUCCGUCGGCCUGGUGUGGAACCUCAGCCUCCUGCCUGACCUCUUUGCCUGGCCCUCUUCCCCGUCCUCCUGCGCCUCCCCCUGCGCCUCCCCCAUGGGGCCCCUGGACUUGAGCCCCAUCUCCAGCACUGGAGAGGAGGAGUGCACAUCAGGCUCCUCCAGCCCUGAGCCCGCUGGUCACUACCGCAGCCCCUGCUGUGCCCCCACCGCUCUGUCCUGCCCCCAGCUAUCCCACCCCCCGACCCCCCAGCCAGCCUUCUGCUACAAGCACUGCCCCAGAGAGAACAGCAGCCUGGGUGCGCUGAAGACGCGCGUGCGCUCCCACACCCUGCCUUGUGUCUGCCCUCUGUGCGGCAAGGCCUUCUCCCGGCCCUGGCUACUGCGCGGACACAUCCGGACUCACACAGGCGAGCGUCCGUUCUCCUGCCCCCACUGUGAGCGUGCGUUCGCGGACCGCUCUAACCUGCGAGCGCACCUGCAGACGCACGCCGAGGUGAAGCGGUACCACUGCACUGCCUGCCCCCGCAGUUUUGGCCGCAUGUCCCUGUUGCACAAGCACAGCCUGGCUGGCUGCAGCCCCGGCACCCGACCUCCCAAACCCCACCCUACUGCCAGCCCCAGCACCUGACCUCCACAACCCAAACCCCACCCUACUGCCAGCCCCGGCACCUGACCUCCACAACCCAAACCCCACCCUACUGCCAGCCCCAGCACCUGACCUCCACAACCCAAACCCCACCCUACUGCCAGCCCCGGCACCUGACCUCCACAACCCAAACCCCACCCUACUGCCAGCCCCAGCACCUGACCUCCACAACCCAAACCCCACCCUACUGCCAGCCCCGGCACCUGACCUCCACAACCCAAACCCCACCCUACUGCCAGCCCCAGCACCUGACCUCCACAACCCAAACCCCACCCUACUGCCAGCCCCGGCACCUGACCUCCACAACCCAAACCCCACCCUACUGCCAGCCCCAGCACCUGAUCUCCACAACCCAAACCCCACCCUACUG